CAGGAGAGAGUCUCGAGUCCCCUUCCAUCCUAUUUCCCUCAUCAAGCUCACCGGAAGGUCACCUCACCGUUGCCGUUGUCGCGUAGGGGCGACUCUGUCACUCUUUUCUGAGCUCUGUCGUUCGUUAUAUUACCCACCUUUAUUAGUCACUUGAUUCAACCUAGUCCUUCGUUUCGACACCAUGUCAUUCGCUCUCUACGCCGCGGCCCUCCUUCCGGUCGCCGUGCUGGGUGCUGGCCUCUCCGUCCCGGAAGACAACCGGAUGGUUCAGCAGGAUGGGCUCCUCCGAUACCCCCUCAUGCCCCGGCUAGGCAAUCUUCUCUUUGGGAAACACGCCAACAUCACCAGGAGACAGAUCGAUACCGGCAUUUUUGACCCGCUCUCUGGCACCUUGUACACCAUCGAACUGACCCUCGGCACCCCGGGCCAGACGGUCCCCGUCCAGUUCGACACGGGCUCGGACAUGCUCUGGGUAAACCCCGUCUGCUCCAAGGCGGCCGAGCCCGAGUUCUGCGCUGCCCAGCCCAGGUUCACCGACUCCUCCACCCUCGUAGACUUCGGCGAGCAGGGCAAUAUUACCUACGGCACUGGUUAUGCCUACUAUGAGUAUGUGGCUGACUACGUCGCCAUUGGCUCGGCCAGGAUCACGCAGCAGGUCUUCGGUGUUGCCUUGGACAGUGCCCAUGCAGACGUGGGCAUCUUCGGCGCCGGCCCGAACUUGGACGGAUGGGACUCCGCAUACCCGCUCGUUGUGGAUUCUCUCGCCCAGCAGGGGUACACCAGCAGCAGGGCCUUCAGCAUGGACCUCAAGGGGUUCGAAAGCGCACGGGGAUCCGUCAUCUUUGGAGGUAUCGACACCAAAAAGUACAGGGGAAGCCUCAUCAAGCGCCUAAUCAUCCCCGCCGCCGAGUCUCCGGACGGAUACACAAGGUUCUGGAUCUAUCUCGAUGGCAUCUCGGUCAACCAGCCGGAUGGCGACGUCGUCACCGUCUUCAGCACCCCCGACGGAGGCAAGGGCCAGCCUGUCCUGCUCGACAGCGGUUACACUCUCAGUGCCUUGCCGAGACCCAUCUUCCAGAAGCUCGUCGCUGCCUUCCCCUCUGCUCAGUACGUUAGCAGCGCCGAUGUGUACGUUGUCGACUGUGUCGACCAUGGCGAAGGGGGCUCGCUCGAUUUCAUCUUCGGUGGCAAGACCAUCAACGUGCCCUACCACGAGUUUGUCUGGGCCCAGCCUGAGUCCAACACCUGCGUCUUGGGCGCAUUUGAGGACGACUUCCCCGUUCUUGGCGAUACCUUCCUCCGGUCCGCGUACGUCGUCUACGACUGGGACAACCGCAACAUUUACCUCGCUCAGUCGGACGACUGCGGUUCCAAUCUCGUGGCCAUUGGCAGCGGCCCCGACGCCGUUCCGUCCAUCGUCGGCGAGUGUGGCAAGCCGAAGCCGACAUCCACGUCGACCUUCUCCAAGACUAGCUCAAAGACGUCGACCGCUUCCAAGACUUCAUCCACGUCGGACUCGACUUCUUCUUCUUCUUCCCACGUGACAACCUCGUCGUCCAGCACCACCGCCACCACCCUCAGCACGCACAAGCCUCCGUUCCCGACCGCCAGCGGCAACUUCACCACCACCCGGUCCCCCACCACCACCACGGCCUCGUCCACCAUCAGCAAGAGCACCUUGACCAUCACGAGCGCGACCACCUACACCAUCACCUCGUGCCCGCCCACCGUGACCCGCUGUCCCGCCCACGAGGUCACCACCGAGAUCAUCACCAAGACGACGGCCGUCUGCCCGGAGACGACGGCCACCUACACCAUCCCCCGGACCAUCACCUGCCCCGGCAGCGGCGGCGGCGACGACUGCCCGCCCGGCGCCACCCGGACCACCACCCUGACCGUCACGCUCUCCCCAGUGGGCCCGACCGACCGCACCACCCACGUCGUGCCCGGCGUCACCACCACCACCCCCACCACCAUCACGGCCCCCCCCACCGGCCAGACAACCACCACCCUGGUGCCGGCACUGCCGCCGACGACAACGACGAUGAGCGGACACCGGGGCAUCAACGGCACCGUGACGGCGACGUCCAAACCUCCCGCCGUCACCGCCGGCAGCGCCAAGGUCGGGCUGGUGUCCGGCGCCACGGCGAUCGUGGCGGGAGUGAUGGCGGUCCUGAUGGCGCUGUGAGGUGCUGACGCUCGCCGUCUGUGACCAGGGGUUAUUGAUUAUUGAUCAGAGUUGUGUGUGUGUAGGUAGGGGUAUUAUGGAGAGGUUGGUGUGCUUUGGAUUCGUACGGAGGGUGGUGUAGUUAGUAGAUUUAUGCCGGAAGGAUGUAAUUAAUGAUGGGGAGGUAAUUUCGACAAGAAAAUCACAUAAUUCAUCGGAUUACUCCGUGUUAUUAUAUUUUCUGGCUCAAGGCAACACUUGAUG